AUGGCUGACCAAGAGGAGGACUUCUCGCAACUCCCGUUGGUCGAUAGAUUUGUGCACAAGAAUUGGAAAGCCCGCAAGGGAGGAUAUGAGGCCGCCGCCAAAGUGUUUGAACUGACUCCCGACGAGUCGGACCCCGCCUUUCGUCCAUUCUUACAAGACCCAAGUCUCUGGAAGUCGGCUGCUAGUGAUUCCAAUGUUGCUGCUCAACAGGAAGGACUAGCUGCACUGUGCGCUUUUUUGAAAUAUGGUGGUCAGCAGGCUGCCGUCAAGUCACGGAACUACACUCUGCAGCCCCUCUACGAGAAGGGACUCUCUUCAACGAGACCUCAAGCCAAAGCUAGUGCUCUCGAGGCUAUACUGCUCUACAUUGAGCUUGACAAGUCCGACCCGGUCAUCGAAGAACUAUUGCCAGCACUCUCCCACAAGCAGCCUAAGAUCAUCGCCGCAACUCUCAAUGCACUCACUUCCAUUUUCCACAAUUAUGGUGUGAAGAUUGUUGAACCCAAACCAGUCCUAAAGGUCUUGCCCAAGGUUUUUGGUCAUGCCGACAAGAAUGUCAGGGCCGAAGCGCAGAAUCUCACUGUUGAACUGUAUCGGUGGCUCAAAGAAGCAAUCAAGGUCAUAUUCUGGAAUGAAUUGAAACCGGUACAGCAACAAGACCUGGAGAAGCUAUUCGAGAAAGUCAAAGAAGAGCCCUCGCCUAAGCAGGAACGCCUGACGAGGUCACAGCAAGCCGCUCUGGCAACAGCAGCUCCGGCAGCUACCGGUGCGGAAUAUGAUGCUGAGGACGUGGCUGAAGAGGGAGAAGAGGAGACCGAAAUGAAUGCCUUUGACUUUGCAGAGCCGGUCGACGUCUAUUCGAAAAUCCCUUCAGACUUCCACGAAAUGGUUGGCUCAACGAAGUGGAAGGAACGCAAAGAUGCGCUUGAUGCACUCUUCAAUAUCCUGAACACUCCAAAAAUCAAAGAGGCACCAUUCGAUGAUAUGGUCCGUGUGUUCGCAAAGUGUAUGAAGGACGCCAAUAUUGCUGUGGUAACGGUAGCCGCCAAUUGCGUCGAGAAGUUGGCGCAGGGCCUUAGGAAGUCCUUUGCGAGAUACCGAUCCACAAUCAUGUCACCAAUGAUGGAAAGGUUCAAAGAAAAGAAGCAGUCCGUGGCAGAUGCUCUGGGAGCGGCCCUGGACGCUGUCUUUGCUGCCACAUCUCUUAGUGAAUGCCUUGAGGACACUCUGGGCUUCUUACCCAACAAGAACCCCAAUGUCAAAGCCGAAACCAUCAAAUUUUUGGUGAGAUGCCUGCGGACUACGCGAGCGGUGCCUUCCAAGGAGGAGCAAAAAAAGAUCGCCGACGCAGCCACGAAACUCUUGACUGAAUCGACAGAAAAUAUCCGAUCCGGCGGUGCUGAAAUCCUGGGGACACUCAUGAAAAUCAUUGGCGAGCGCGCAAUGAAUCCUUAUCUGGAUGGACUGGACGACAUUCGAAAGUCCAAGAUUAAGGAGUACUUUGAUGCUGCCGAAGUCAAAGCGAAAGAUAAGCCAAAGCCUGCUCCAGCCCCCGCCAAAGCCACCUCUGCCGUUGGAAAGAAAGUUGUGGGAGGUCCCAAGAAACCUGCAUUUGCCGCGAAAAAGCCAGCGCCAGCCGCCGCGCCUGAACCGGUGGAAGAUGUCGCACUUCUUCAACCCAAACCUACGGCGAAAGCUCUCCCCAAACCAGGCGGACUGGCUCGACCGGGACUAGCACAGCCCGCUGGGCUGAAACUCGGCGGACUUAAAAAACCUGCACCAGCUGGCCUCUCAGUUGGUGUCGGAAGUCCACAGCGAAGAGUCAUCUCACCACCAGCGAGUACAGACGGUGACGAAGACGCCGCAGCGGCGGCGGCGGCGGCGGCAGUACCAUCGCCCUCAAAGUUUGGCAUGGGUCGAGGUGGACUCGCGGGCCGACCCUUGUCCAGACCGACUGCCGCCCCACUGUCGCCUCCAUCGACAGCGCCAUCCUCAAACGCUCUUUCAGUAGUAGAGCGGGCAGAGCUGGAAGAAUUGCGUGCCGAAAAAGAAAGACUCACAGCUUUAACCGACAGUCUUCGAAGCAGCAAUGCCAAACUCACCGCGGAGAUAUCAGAACUUCAGAACCAGAAUGCGCAGCUGAUUGAAGAUCACACACGCGAUGUGCUGCAGAUAAAAGCCAAGGAGACACAACUAGUCCGGGCGAGAGGGGAAUGCGAUGUUCUGAAGGCAGAGGUAGAAAGUGUUAGGAAAGAAAGCGAGCGUUACAAGCGAGAGGUAUCCAGACUCGGUCGUGAGAGUAUGGGUCGAGAACGAGAAGAUCUGAUUCGUGGCCGAGGUCUGGACGAAACCUCCAAUUUUGGCAGCGAAAGUGGAGCAGGAGGCAUAUAUGAAGACCCUUCCUUGAACAACCGAUUCCCAACAAACGGCAAUAUUCAUUCAUCGCGACCCACCAGCACAGCUCUGCAUCGAACUGGAAGCUCAGCCAGCACACAGAGCGGACGCGCACAGCCGCAAACCAGCGCCGCGAAACCCAGACCCCAGAGUGGAUAUACCCCACACGGCAAUCGCCUCGACUUCAGUCCCAGCGAGGAAAAAGAAAACAAUGGUCUGGGGAUCGACUCGCUCGGAGCGUCGAGGAGGAAAAUGAGUCCACCCAUGCUCUCUAAUGGGGCCAGUGGGAGGACUAGUCCACAGCGUCCUGGGCAUACGCCGGCAUAUUCGAUGAGUAGAGAAGCUAGCGACUCUGGCUUAUCCGCAGGGGCAGGUGCGGGAUCGCGGGAAUCAGGGAGCAGACCGGAGGAGAAUUGGAAGCGGGCGGCUGAAGUGACGAGCCAGUUGAAAGCGAGGAUUGAAGCUAUGAAGGCUCGACAAGGCUUAUCACGGCAUUGA